GCCGCGAAUUAAAAAUCCGCCAUUUUCGUGCCCUAGAAGAGCUUCACCCACCUCACGAUCCCCAUCUCCGAUUGAUUCCCUCCUCUUCCUUUGAUUUGAGAACAAGGGCUAAAUUUCUCAACAACCACCAACAGCUCCUCCUCGCCCUCCCACUUCGACAGCGACUUGUCCUCCGACUUGCUUCAGAUCCCCUCCACCUUCUUCUCUUUCCUGUUUUGGUGGCGUUUCUAUGUUCUUCUAGUAUAUAUAGCCGUUUCUUCCCAUUGGAUCGCAUCGUUCUGUUUAUUUGAUCCAGCUCUUGAUGAUUGGUGUUGUUGAAGCAGAAAGCGGAGAUCUUUGAUGGUCUGUGUUUGAUCUGUUGGUUCUUGAGUAGCUCGUGGAUUCAUUUUGUUUUUGAUUCGAAGGAAUAUGGUGGUUCCUGGGCCUGUGACUCCUGGGCAGGUUUCGUUCUUGCUUGGCUUCUUUCCGGUGCUUGUAGCAUGGAUAUAUUCAGAAGUUUUGGAGUAUAGAAAGUCUUCGUCUCCUCAUAAAGUUCAUUCAGAUAUAAAUCUGGUUGAAUUAGGAAAUGUAGCAGUGAAAGAAGAUGAUCGGGCACUUCUACUUGAAGGAGGAUUAACAAAAUCAACAUCAGCAAAAUUUCAGAAUGCUUCUGUUCGAGCAAAUUUAAUCAGGUUUAUAACAAUGGACGAGACAUUCUUGCUAGAAAAUCGAGCACUUUUGAAAGCAAUGUCUGAAUUUGGGGCAAUUCUUGCUUACUUCUACUUAUGUGAUCGGACAAAUUUGUUUCCAGAAUCUAAGAAGAAUUACAGCCGAGAUCUGUUUGUCUUCCUCUACAUGCUGUUUAUCAUAGCUUCAGCAAUAACUUCCCUCACAAAGCACCAUGAUAAAUCAGCAUUUUCUGGAAAAGCCAUACUUUAUUUGAAUCGGCAUCAAACAGAAGAAUGGAAGGGUUGGAUGCAGGUCCUCUUUUUGAUGUAUCACUAUUUUGCUGCCUCGGAAAUAUACAAUGCAAUUCGUAUAUUUAUUGCUGCUUAUGUUUGGAUGACUGGAUUUGGAAACUUUUCUUACUACUACAUACGAAAGGAUUUCAGCCUUGCACGGUUUGCCCAGAUGAUGUGGCGGCUCAAUUUCUUUGUUGCGUUUUGUUGCAUUGUUCUGAACAAUGACUACAUGUUAUAUUAUAUAUGUCCUAUGCACACAUUGUUUACACUAAUGGUGUAUGGGACUCUUGGCAUCUUUAAUAAAUAUAAUGAGGUCAGCUCAGUCAUGGCUAUGAAGCUCGUCUCUUGUUUUCUGAUGGUAAUCCUAAUUUGGGAAGUUCCCGGAGUUUUUGAUCUUUUAUGGACUCCGUUCACAUUUCUGUUAGGGUACAAAGAUCCCGAACCUUCUAAAACGAAUCUUCCUCUCCUGCAUGAGUGGCACUUCAGAUCUGGGCUUGAUCGCUAUAUUUGGAUCAUUGGAAUGAUAUAUGCAUACUUUCACCCUAACAUAGAGAAAUGGAUGGAGAAACUAGAGGAGUCUGAAACUAAGCGCAGAUUCACCAUUAAGGCUAGCAUUGUGUCUUGUGCACUGGUGGUUGGUUAUUUGUGGUACGAAUACAUUUACAAGCUAGACAAGCUCGCAUACAAUAAGCUCCAUCCUUAUACAUCAUGGAUUCCCAUAACUGUUUACAUUUGCCUGCGGAAUUGCACACAACAGUUACGGAACUAUUCUUUGGCCCUCCUUGCAUGGCUCGGCAAGAUCACAUUGGAGACAUAUAUCUCCCAGAUCCAUAUCUGGCUAAGAUCAGGCAUUCCUAAUGGCCAGCCAAAGUGGCUUCUUUCUUUCAUUCCAAAUUACCCAUUGCUCAAUUUUCUCCUCAUCACCACAAUAUAUCUACUUAUAUCCUACCGAAUUUUUGAGUUGACAAAUGUCCUCAAGACUGCGUUUGUUCCAUCAAAAGACAACAAGCGCCUGUGGCACAAUUUCGUCGCCGGAGUGGCAAUUUCUUUUUCCUUAUACUUUGCCUCAUUGAUUCUUCUUCAAAUCCCUCGGUUGUCGGGAUGAUAAAAUCCACAUCACAUACUGAUUACUGGGAAGUUCUUGGCUUCAAUCAAAUUUAAGAUACUGCUUUGAAGUCUUGCUUGUUACAACACCAAUGGAUAUCAUAACUUACUGAACAAAAUUCCAUGGAGAUUAUUGAGCCGUUCAGCUAAAAAGGUGGAAGGUGGAAGGGAAGCUCAUCAGAGAUGUAUAUUUUCAAGUUUUGUUUUGUUUUUUUUUUUCUCCUUCUCUUUUCUAUCUUUUUCAUGGCCAUUUUCAAUUUAUUAUCCUCUUAUAUGCAUGUGUAGUGUGUAGGUCUUUUACAAAAAAACCCA